GCCCACCUGCUGCAGCCCAGUGCCUGGCCAUGACCGUCACCUACUCAAGCCAAGUGGCUAAUGCCCGUUUAGGCUCCUUCUCCCGUCUGCUGCUGUGCUGGCGAGGCAGCAUCUACAAGCUGCUCUACGGGGAGUUCCUCAUCUUCCUGCUCUGCUACUACAUCAUCCGCUUCAUUUACAGGAUGGCCCUCACGGACGAACAGCAGGUGAUUUUUGAGAAGCUGACUCUGUAUUGCGACAGCUACAUCCAGCUCAUCCCCAUUUCCUUCGUGCUGGGCUUCUACGUGACGCUGGUCGUGACCCGCUGGUGGAACCAGUAUGAGAACCUGCCGUGGCCUGACCGCCUCAUGAACCUGGUGUCGUGCUUCGUCGAGGGCAAAGACGAGCAAGGCCGACUGCUGCGGCGCACCCUCAUGCGCUACGCCAACCUGGGCAACGUGCUCAUCCUGCGCAGCGUCAGCGCUGCGGUCUACAAACGCUUUCCCAGCCCCCAACACCUGGUGAAAGCAGGCUUUAUGACCCCCUCGGAACACAUGCACUUACAAAAACUGAGCUUGCCACACAACUCGUUCUGGAUGCCCUGGGUGUGGUUUGCCAACCUGUCAACGAAAGCCUGGAUUGGAGGUCGAAUCCGGGAUCCUGUCCUGCUCCAGAGCCUGCUCAACGAAAUGAACACCUUGCGUACUCAGUGUGGACAGCUGUAUGCCUACGACUGGAUCAGUAUCCCACUGGUGUACACUCAGGUGGUGACCGUGGCAGUAUACAGCUUCUUCCUGGCUUGCCUGCUUGGGCGGCAGUUUCUGAACCCAGCCAAGGCCUACCCCGGCCACGAGAUGGACCUCGUUGUACCCCUCUUCACAUUCCUGCAGUUCUUCUUCUACGCUGGCUGGCUGAAGGUGGCAGAGCAGCUCAUCAACCCGUUUGGAGAGGAUGAUGAUGAUUUUGAGACCAACUGGAUUGUCGACAGGAGUUUGCAGGUGUCCCUGUUGGCUGUAGAUGAGAUGCACCAGGACCUGCCACCGAUGGAGCGAGAUAUGUACUGGAAUGAGCCAGAACCACAUCCCCCCUACACGGCCGCUUCUGCCCAGUCUCGCCGGCCCUCCUUUUUUGGCUCCACCUUCAACAUCAGUCUGGGUAAGGAAGAUAUGGAGUUUCAGCCAGAUCUGGAGGAGGAGGAGGAGGAGGGGGAAAGUCCUCACGCUGGCAUCAUUGGCCGUUUCCUAGGGCUGCAAUCCAAUGACCGCCAGCCCCCCAGGACAAACUCAAAGACCAAACUACUGCGGCCCAAGAAAGAAGCCCUUUCCCACGAGGGCCAGCCCAAGAACCUCAGGGGGGCCAGACAGGACACUAGCGACCAGGAAGACAGCAAGGCCUGGAAAGGGGAGGAUGCCUUCCAGUCCACUGUGCUAUACGGAAGGUCAGGCUACCACAGUGCCCCACAGACACCCCUCAGCCACACCCCGAUGGUCUUCCCACUUGGACAGUCAGCACCCUCAAGUCUCCGCAGAGUCUCAGGCAUGGAUGACACUUGCAAAGACCAAAGCCUUCAGCCUGCAACUCCCAGGUCCAAGAAGAGUUUUGAAUUGCUCCCAGAGAGUGCCGGGGCCUCAACAGAGCACCCGGAAUUGAGUCACAUGAGGAGAAAAACUGUUGAGUUUAACCUGACGGACAUGUCAGGGGACCCUGAACAUCUCAGAGAACCGCAUUUGGGACAGUCGACAAGCAACUUACACACUAUUCUCAAAGAUCACGGAGAUCCCUAUUGGGCCUUGGAAAACAGGUCUGUCCUCUACUCAAACCAGGGUCACUGAACCCCCCCCCUCCGUCCCCCCAGCGGUGGCCCCCACCAGCUUCCCUUGCUCUGAAGCCCACUCUUCUUCCACAAUUCUCUGUUCCUAUGGCUGCCAGGGAAUGCUGGCCUUAUGCCCAGCACUGGCUUGGGGCACACACCUGGCCACCACAGCAGGGGCCCUAGAGAAGGGUUGGCGACUUUUGCUUAUUUUGCGCAAGAGUCUGACAUCACCAAAACUUCUCUGGGGCCCAGGUAUAGGAAGAUGAGGUCACACUGACAGGAAUGACACCAAAGGGCCACCAGGCCAGGCUUAGGUGGGCAGAUGUUACCAGUGGACCCGGCUCACUUUAAGCAGGGGUGGCAGACAUAAAAACACGGGUAGAACUCAGGGUUCUAGGCUGUAGCGCAAGAACUCAAUUUACUGCCCAGGCUUAGCUGAGAGGUCGCAUGUGAGCAAUCCCCCCUAACCACUAAUGGUCCUGAUGCCCUCCUGGAAAGGGUGCCACACGCCUGAGAACUGGCAGAUGAUAAGAUAGGAGCAUCCAGGUUCCCUGGGGGAUCUUACUGCUUUGGGGACCUCACCAAAAGGCUUCUGAAUUUAAAUGAGCUCUUCAUGCUUCUUUGAAGUCAACCUAAAGCUAUCACAUUACCACUAGAUAUUUCCUCUUAUUGGAGAUUUCCUGGACCCUCACUCACCCAAUUAGAUCCACCCUACCCCACCCCCAAUCACGAUGUGAGAGGGAAGUGUAACUUCCCAUUUCUAGAUUCUCAAGCAGUUAUUCUGAGGUCAGAAUACAUAGCUUUGUGUUGCAAACAGAAAAGGCCUACCACCUGUCAUACUUCUAGGGCUAGACUGAAACUUUUGCAAGUCACUGUGGCUGGUUAAGGAAAGGAUGUUAAUGCAGUUGGUUAGCAAGGACCCAGACGGCUCUGUCUUCUAACUCUACUCACUUGUUAAUAUUAUGGAUGUCUCAACCUUUGCCCUCCUACUGCAGCUAUUUUCCUACUGAAAUGAAGGUAUCUUUCCAUUCUCAUGUAAACUUUCUCAAAUUCUCACUAGGGAUGAAGCACAUUCCUAGCCUGUUUCCCAAGGGGGAUGCUUCACUGGCCUGGUCCUACCUGCGUGUACACCAGCAGGACACUGAUCCAGUCAUAGCCAUAUAGCUGUCCACACUGAAGAAUAUGCUCCUGUGACAGCCUGAACUAAAUGGUUAGCUUGAUGGAUAACAAAAAUCAGUAGUUUCAAGUCUACUUUAAGCCUUAAAAUGCUUUUUGUACAUAUAAAUUGUGAAAGCCAGAAAUGCUGGAA